UUAUUAAUUGGAUAUUUAAUUUAUUUAAGAUAAAUACAGUUUUUUUUUAAUUGUGCAUAUACCAAAUGUUCAUAUUUUGUGUUUUUGAAAUAUUGAUCGUGUAAUAAAAAAAAUUUGUGCUAGAAAUAUAGUUUAACUUUAAAAAAUAAAAUCUGAAAUAAAUCGUAAAAUAUUAUUAACGUAUAUUUUAUAUAAGAAAAUAGAUCAUUAUUUUUCAUAGAAAAAUCAUUUAUCAAAAGGAAGAUGAAUGAUUGGCAUUGUUGAUCAAUCUAUCAUUUUGUUUUUGUUCCAAAGAAUCGUUUCUGCCUCAUCUUAGUGAAAUGUGUAAUUGGAAUGAUUUUGGAACAGUGAAUAAUCACAUUAUUGGUUAUUGGCUUAGAUCUUGAUAAAUAUAAAUGUAAAUAAAAUGCUUUUCUUUUAUUUGUAUCAUGGAAAAUAAACUUUUUUGAGCUUGGAUAUGGUAACUAUGAAUUCUGAACAAUCGGCAUGUCGCCGAAAACCAAGUGAAAAUAAUAAAAUUGGAGGAACAGUUGAUCGAUAUAGAAAUAGAGAUAAUCAAUUAAAUCAAUGUAAUAAUCAAAAUGGCCAAGCAGUUGACAAAUCUCCAAUUAGUCCCACAUAUCACAUCACUGCCUCAUGUGCCGAAGAUACACCUAAUUAUCUUGUGUAUCAAAAAAUGGAAGCUAUUGUAGAAAAAAUGUCAGAUGAAAGUACAGGUGUUCCAGUAAAAACAGUAAAAAAUUUUAUGACAAAAACACCUUCUGUUUUUACUGGUACAGAUUUAAUAUCAUGGAUGAUGAAGACCAUGGCUAUAGAUGAUCAAGAGGCACUUCAUGUGGCACAUCUUAUGGCAUCUCAUGGAUAUUUCUUCCCUAUUGAUGACCACUGCCUUACCGUAAAAAAUGAUAAUACUUUCUAUAGAUUUCAAACACCAUAUUUUUGGCCAUCAAAUUGUUGGGAACCAGAAAAUACUGAUUAUGCUGUUUACUUAUGUAAACGCACAAUGCAAAACAAAACACGUUUAGAAUUAGCAGAUUAUGAGGCUGAAAAUUUAGCUAAAUUACAAAAAAUGUUUUCAAGAAAAUGGGAAUUUAUUUUUAUGCAAGCAGAAGCACAAAGUAAAGUUGAUAAAAAACGAGAUAAAUUAGAAAGAAAGGUAUUAGAUAGUCAAGAAAGAGCUUUUUGGGAUGUAUAUAGACCAAUGCCUGGAUGUGUUAAUACGACAGAAAUGGAUAUUAAGAAAGCAUGUCGUACUUAUAAACCUUAUCCAAAGUUAAGUAAAAAUUUACAAUUAGAAAUGGCUAAUACUGACAUUCCUUCUCAUUCAGAAUCAUAUACAGUAUCUUCAUUAGAAACUUUAAAUAAAGAGAUUGAAAUAUUAAAAGCUAGAUUAGAUAGAUCAAAUAUAAAAGUUUCAAAAGUUUCAGAGGCUUUGAUUGCAUAUUUUGAGCAAUAUAUAGAGUAUGAUCCAUUUUUCAUACAACCUGAAUUCACAAAUCCAUGGAUAUCAGAUAAUUCUGAAAUGUGGGAGCAAGAAAAAUUAGCUAAGGAAAUAUCAACAAGAAGAGUGAAAAGAUGGGGUUUUAGUCUUCAAGAAUUGUUACAAGAUCCUAUUGGUAGAGAACAAUUUAUACGUUUUCUGGACAAAGAAUUUAGUAGUGAAAAUCUAAAAUUUUGGGAAGCUGUACAAGAAUUGAAAACAUUACCUCAAAAAGAAGUUAAGAAUAAAGUGAACGAGAUUUGGAAUGAAUAUUUGGGUCCGGAUGCUAGUUGUCCAAUUAACGUUGAUUCUCAAUCUUAUGAGAUAACAAAGAAGCAUUUACAGAAACCUGAUCGAUGGUGUUUCGACAUUACAGCGGCGCACGUUUAUCAUCUGAUGAAAAGCGAUAGUUAUUCAAGAUAUCUUCGAUCGGAAAUGUAUAAGGAUUUUCUCAGUGGCUCGAAGAAAAAGACUUCAGUAAAAGGUAUUCGUUCUAUCGUAUCGUUCAGUGGACGCAGGGACACAGCCACAUCAUAAUUACCAGCUUAUAAAUUUCUCAUAAAUGGUUUUGAAAAUAUUUCCAAUUCUUGUGUUAUAUUUUCAUGUUCAAAUCGAUUUGAAGAGGAAUAUAACUAUUACGCUAAGAGUAAGUAUGUAAAAUAUUUUAAAUUCAAUUUUAAUAAGAUUUCCAUUUGCUUCAUUUCUAUUUGCUUCCACAAAAAUGUUAUGAAAAUUAAUAGUAAAUCAUUCUAUAAGCUUAAAAUAGUUUUCAUAAAUAAUUUAUUCUAUAAGAUAUAUUAUUGAUAAGAAGAAGAAAAUUUUAGAAUUAUAUAAAAAAAUUCUAUAAAGAUUUUUUAUAGAUUACAUGUCAGAAUGUUCAAUUAUUUACAUAAUUUUAAUAUAUUUUUCCGCAUUUUAAGUAGUCUAAAUUAAAAUAAACAAUACAAUCGCAUAAAAUAAUAAUUUUACAUAAAAUUCUAAAAGGGAGAUUAUUAAAAAUUUCUCGAAUAUGAAAUAUUUGAAGUUAUAUUCAAGUUGACAGUUCAUAUUUCAUUAUAAAAAAUUAAUUAUACACAUAUGGAUGUUUCGUUAAAAUAUUUUUUAUUGAAUAAAAAAAUUCUCUUAUUAUUAGACAACAACUUAUAACAAUUAAGAUACAUAAUUAACACAAUGAUUGAUUGAUGAUAUAUUAUACAAUAAAAUUUUAAUAAAAAUACUCAUUCUAUUAUAUUCUUUCAUAUUUUAAAAAAUAUGUCAAUGCGACAUUAAUUGAAAAAUCAAAUAUUAAGAUAUAUAAUCCUUAUCGUAUGAAUAUAUAACUCUGUAUGCCUUUGAUGAUGCUCUAUAACUCUACAUUAUUUAUUUAAAAAAGGAAUAAUAGAAUAUCACACCUAUUUUCAUAUCUAUUAUAUUUUUCAUGAAUAGACAAAUACAUCUGUAGUAAAGAAAACGUGUUAUAUGAGAGAUUACUCAUUACUAUUUGUAAUCUUGUAAUAUUAACAUGUACUUUAAAUUAAAUAUAUAUUAGAAUAACAAAAUAUAUUGUAAAUAUAAUAUAAAAAAAAAAAAAUAGUGACAUAUAUUUUUAUCCAAUAAUAUUAGCAUUUAUUAAUUUUCAAAAGAUAUUUAUUGUUCUAUAAUUAAAAUGUAUAAUGUUUUACUACAUAUAUUAAAUGUGUAUAUUAAGAGAUAUAUUUAUAGAAUUUAAUUCUCAAGAUCAAUAUCUUAAUAUUGCUUUUAAUAAUAAAUAAAAGAUUAAUUUCAAAUUAUAGUUUAUUUGUUUCCUAAAAUUACAAUUUUUUUAAAAAGAGAAAAAUGCUGAAAAUGCCUUCAAUUAACAUUUUGUAUCUUGUUUAUCAUCACUAAAAGCAAAUAUAGACAAAAAGAACAGAGAUAGAAUAAAUAUUAGAGAAAUUAGUUAUCUCUAAAGUCUUAUAAAUGAAACUCAUAGAUAAAGGAAAUAAAUAUUAUAAAAAGGAUAGAGAGCAUAAAAUUGACUAUUAAUGCCAUCUCUUAAAUAUUAAAGAUAAUUCUCUAAAAAGAUAUUUUUAGUAAGUAUCAAGGGAUAGUAAUGAUCAUUCUACUUAUCUUAUCUUUGAAAAAGAUGUCUUUAAUAAAAAAAAAUAGUAUUAACAGUUAAUUUUUAAGCUAUCUUUUUUCUUUUUUUUACUAUUUUUACUAUCCUCUAUAUUAUAUUUUAUUUGCGACAUUUUAGAGAUGGCGUUAAUGUCUUAAUUUUUAACUUAUUUCUAUCUCUUUCUUCCUAUUAGUUUUCUUUAUCUAUACUUAUUCUGUAUGAUUUAUAUAUUCAAAAGAUUUUGACUUCGAUAUCUGAUUAACUUUUUUUUUAUAAAAUAAAAAUACAAAGAUAUAUAAAAUUUAUUGUGAUAUAUAAAACUAAUAUAUAUAUGUAGAUUAAUAUACUUGUAUUAGAUUUAUGAUUUAAAAGUACCCAUAAAUAUCCCGUAAAAAUUACACAAAUUAAAAUUCUAUUUCAUUUAUACCAUAUAUAUUUAGAUACAUAUAGAAUAAGAAUCUCUAAUAUACACAUAAGGAAGAUAUAUAUAAAAUAUGUAAAUAUAAAAAAUUUAAUUUAAGAAAUAUUUAUCUUUACAACAUAUUGUGUUUUAUAUUGAAUAUUUGAUUAUAUUUAGUAUAUCUUUAAUCUAAUACCUAUAAUCAAAUAAUUAUAAUUUUAAUAUUUUAUUAUUAAGAAUAAAUAUUUGCCGAAUGUACUAUUUUUGAUAAAAUACAAUUUAUUUUAGAUCA